CGAUGUUCGGAGGCCAUUCCUCGGGGAAGGCAGAGAGAUGGAGACGGACGCGGCCGCGGCGGCGAAAGCGAAGAAGCGCGAAUACAAUCGCGAGAAGCAGCGUAUCUUCCAAGCGAAGCUCGUCCAGCAGAUGCUUUCGCUCAGGGACGAAGUCGCCGCCCUGGAAGCACAGCUAGCGCAGCUCCACAUGGCGAGUUCGCAACGUGAUGACGAUAUGUCAGGGUACGCGUUGUCCUGGAAGGACGUGGCCGCAGGGCUAGAAGAGGACUGCAAGCUCGUCGUGGACGAAAAUCGCCGACUUCGGCGCCAACGCCAUGGACAACGAGAGCUGCUCAAGACUUUGCAGGCAUGGGUGAACGUCCAGACGCGCCACGCGACUGCGCUCACCGCACCAACCCACACGUGGCGAAACGUGACGCUGCUCGCGAGCCCCGAAUCGCGCGUCGUCGGGUUCGACUGGAUCACCGCUCACUUGUAUCACAACACGGAAGCGGUGUUUCAACGGUAUGCGUUUCCGUCCGUCGCGCCAGAAGAGAUCAGCGGCGACUUUGCCAUCGACUCGACCGACCCCGACGUCAUGCAGUACGUGUGGCGGUACCAAAAGGAGAUGGAUAUGCCGAUGGAGUUUGUUGUCGAGUGCUUUCGAGACAACGUGUGGCGGUCCAUGAUGCUGGGCGGAUUCGUUGUGCUUCACACCGAGGUGCUAGACAACAUGCCAGAGAAGAUGAUUUACCGCCACACGAUCACGAGCCCCGACGAAACAGUCAACUACUUGGGCCGCGAGUACGCCGACGGUCCGGAUCGGGUCGUGUUUGUCGGGCAAAACAUCCAUGACGACGCGAUCGUGCCAUCGGGGUCGCGUCAGCGGAAUCGCAUGGCGUGGGUUGUGCUCGAUCGCCUCACGCCAUGCCACACCCGCGUGCGCAUCUUGCACUUGAAUUCCCACUUUUUCACGAAAGACGGCUACGUGAGCCUCGACGACGAAGCGCGGUUUUGGGGCGGCGAUGUCAGCGACGCCGGCGACGAGCACACCAAGUUUGUCAAGUUCCAGCGCCACGUCACCGUCAUGGGUGACGAUGUUGCUCGCCUCUGCCGCAACAAGUUUGAAGGUGCGUGCUAUAGACAACUCAAGCACGACGAGGAUGCCACGCCGCUCGCAUUCAACCCGUGUAUUGCAUGCGAUGCACCACACCUGGUCGUGUGAAGUGAGGGAUCGACGAGGAAGGACGCCAAAGGAGGUCACGAUCAGCUGAGACGUCUCGCAUGCCCUCCCCACCGCACUCCAUGGACGUGGCGGCGUCGACUUUAGCGGGGUAGACCAGGGUUUAGUUGGUGUAUCGGUGUUGUUUCUCGAAUGCAAGGUGUCGAUGAACUCGAAUGAGAGAUGGCUCAUUCGGUCGGCAUGCUUUCACCCAAGACCACAAACUGCGAUGGCCCAUGCACGUCAGUGCAUUCGUUUGAGU